GGAGUGCUGAUUAAAAUAUAUCAAUUUAGGAAGCUUUUUCGUGGAUAUCACUAUUUUUUCUUUGACCUAUCGACAUAACAGUAUUCGAAGUUAUAAAUUAUUGCACAGAUGCAUAUAAUUCAGUUUGUUUUUGAGAAUUCCUUUUGAACAACAAAAUGAUCAUCAAAAUUUUCAUCCUCUUCACUUCCUUGAUCUGGUGUGUUCGCUCCCAGAACGAUAUACCAGUACGUUUGCUUGAUUUGAAAGACAUCGUCAUCGAAGACUAUCAUGGAAACUUGGACGCCAAGACCUUGGAGCUCUUCAAAAACGUCGAAACUCUUACCUUGGAUGGAUGUAAUUUCACCAGCUUCAACGAAAACUUUGUGCAUCCUUUGAAAAACCUCCAAAAAUUAGUUGUGGCAAAUAGCCGUUUUUCCAAGGUCAGUAGUGACAUCUCGACCUGCUGUGUGAAACUCCGAAUCAUGGAAGUGAUCAACUGCAAACUGGAACCCAUUGACAAGGAUGAUAUGAAUAAGUUGGCUGAAAUGAAAUCACUGGAAAGGUUUUACUUGCAUAAAACUGACAUACCUGUUAUUGCAGCUAAAAGUUUUGUGGGAUCGAAUCUAAAGGCUUUAGAGGUGGAGUACAGUAACCUUGAAACGAUUGAAGAUGGCGCUUUUGACGGCAUGGACAAACUGGAGACUUUGAUUUUGAGGCAGAACAAGCUCAAGACCUUCCCAACUGGAAGUCUGUCAUCGUUGAAGAGUUUGAAGGUAUUGGAUUUGAAAGGUAACCUAUUGGAAAAAGUGGAAACGAAAGAUUUUCCCUCUUUGCCCAACUUGGAGAAGGUGAACUUGGGACAUAACCCCAUCAAGGAGAUCAAUUUGAAGGGGCUCAAGGAAAAGUUACCCAAACUGAAGGAAGUCGAUGUUUCGGAGAUCAAUAUAGAUCUUUCUAAAAACGAAGGAAUUCCACUCGUUAAAUCGCGCGUACUUUAGUUUUUUUUAAUUUUGUAAUGUUAUAGAUAUAGGAUUUUUCACAAUUAUUAUUAAAAUGAAAAUCACUGAAAUAGCUGGAUAAUAGCAAUAUAUGACUGAAAAACUGA